AUGGAAUAUCUUGAACAAUUUUCAGUGAUUGAUAAAAAUAGAGAUGGGAUCAUUUCAAGAAGGGAUUUAUUUAAAUAUGCAUUAAGUAUUGGUGAAGAUUUGUCUAUGGUUGAUAGAUGGUUAAGACUUUUUGAUACAAAUGAUAAAGGCAUAAUUACAAUUGAAGAUGUUAGUCGUACUCUGGGUGUACCACCUCCGAAAUUUUAUGAUGAAAGAUAUAAUCGACGACUUAAUGGAAAAUUUGAAUCAUCCGGUGAUGUUUUUCAUCAAGCUGCAGCAAGAUUUCGUUCAACUGAAGAUAUUACACGUCAUUCACAAUUAUCAUUAACAUCUACAGAAAAUUUAUCAAUGCAUAAACGUAGUUAUUCUACUGAUAAUGUUCCAUCAGAUUAUCAUAGAUUAACUGUUGAUCAUUCAUGGGAACCAAAUGAUGAACCAUUACUUAUAGAAUAUUCAUAUGAAAAAAUUAAAGAGAAAUUAAAUCAAUUAAUUGAAAUAGCUAUUCAAAAACAAAUUGAUAUACAAACCAUACCACAAUUUAUAGCAAUAGCAUUAGAAAAAGAAUAUGGUCGUAAUUGGCAUGUAAUUGUUGGUCCAUAUAAAGCUGGUUGUGCUGUAACACAUUUAAUUGGACGAUUCUCUAAUGCUCAAUAUGCAUCAUAUCAUGUGAUUGCAUUUCAAACAAUGGAUUUGUAAAUUGUUUAAUUACUUACUUACUUUCAUUUGUUAUUAUUACUACC